AUAUAUUAUAUAAACAGAGAGGCAGCUUCAUACCAUGGUUCCAUGCUUUGUCUUGUCUGAUUGCUCAACUGUCAAGAACAAGCAUCACAUCAAGGCCAAUAAUGAAAUUAAAUUAUAUUAAAAUGUUUUUUUUUCUUUUUCUAAAGAGAUUAUAUUACCAAGAAGUUACAACAAGAAGUCAAUCCUUGUAUGUAUCAAAAUUCAGCAUCCCCUGCACAUAAAUAUUGAAUAAAGGGGUAGAACCAAACAAAAAAACCCAAAUUUAGUUCUUCUUCUAGCUACUAAUCAAAAACUCAUUAGCUUAGCUCUCUGCCACUUCCUAUCUCAUACUCAUUGCAAAUACAAUUCAAUACCUUAUUUCAGUCUUUUUAUCACCCUUGUUCCAAAACUCUACAAAGCCACAUGGCUUCAAAACCUCAUCAGCUGCACAUCUACUUCUUUCCUAUGAUGGCUCACGGCCACAUGAUUCCAAUGGUAGACAUGGCCAAACUAUUUUCCGGCCACGGUGUGAAGGCAACCAUUAUCACAACACCCCUCAAUGCGCCUCUAAUCUCUAAAACCAUCGACAUGGAUACCGAACUAGGCUCAAACAUCAGUAUCCGAGUCAUUAAAUUCUCUUCUUUGGAAGUAGGGUUGCCAGAAGGAUGUGAGAACCUAUCCUCUGUCACUUCUCCGGAGAUGAUUGUGAAGUUUUACAAGGCUACUUAUAUGCUUCAAGAACCAUUCGAACAACUCUUGAGGGAAGACAGCCCUGAUUGCCUUGUGGCUGACAUGUAUUUUCCAUGGGCUACUGAGUUAGCAAGCAAGCUUGGGAUUCCAAAGCUGGUUUUCCAUGGUACCGGUGUCUUCCCACUUUGUGUCCAUCACAGCUUAGUCCACCAUAAACCCUUCAAAAACAUUGAAUCAGAUUCAGAACCCGUCAUUGUGCCAGGACUUCCGGACACAAUAAAGAUGACAAGACGAGAACUGUCUGAUCAUAAUAGAGAAGGAGAAACUCAGAACUAUAUAGCCACUUUAUUUCAAGAAAUUAUGAAAGCGGAAUUGACAAGCUAUGGAGUUCUCGUGAACAGCUUCCACGAGCUGGAACCAGCUUAUUCAGAAUAUUACAGGGAGGUUGUAGGAAGAAAGGCAUGGCAUAUUGGUCCGGUUUCGUUAUUCAACAGAGACAAUGAACUUAAAGGCAAGAGGGGAAAUAAAUCCUCGAUUGAUGAAGAAGAGUGUUUGAAUUGGCUCGACUCUAAGAAACCAAAAUCAGUACUCUAUGUAUGUUUUGGAAGUUUAGCCGAUUUUUCAGCUGCUCAGCUACUUGAGAUAGCAAAGGGUCUUGAAGCUUCUGAACAGCAAUUCAUUUGGGUGGUUAGAAAAGAAAAGGAAGAAAAGGAAGAGUGGUUGCCAGAAGGGUUUGAGAAGAGAAUUGAAGGGAAGGGUCUGAUAAUAAGGGGGUGGGCACCCCAAGUGCUAAUUCUUGAAAAUGAAGCCGUAGGAGGGUUUGUGACUCACUGUGGAUGGAACUCGUUGCUGGAGGGAGUGACUGCAGGAGUGCCAAUGGUCACAUGGCCACUCUUUGUAGAUCAGUUUGCCAAUGAAAAAUUCGUGACGGAUGUUUUGAGGAUAGGAGUGAGAGUGGGUGCUCAGGGAUGGUCUAGAUGGGCAGAGGAUAAUAAGGGCUCUGUAAGGAAGGAAGAUAUAGAGAUGGCAGUGACUCAGUUAAUGGUCAGUGCAGAAGCUGAGAUAAUGAGGAACCGAGCAAGGGCAUUGAAAGAAAAGGCAAGGAGGGCUGUUGAAGAUGGUGGAUCAUCUUACUCUGAUUUGAAUGCUUUACUCGAAGAACUGAGGUCCAUCCGCUCCUGACACUAACUAUUAGAACAUCAUCUAUACAUCAAUCUUAUGUUCUAAGGACUUCAAAUAUGAAGGAUUAUGUCUUAGCAAGUUUACAAAUGAGAGAAACUGGUUUUAUAUGUCCUUCUUUUGUUGUAUAUGUUGAGAAUUCUGUGACUUUAUAUGUCAACUAUAUAAUAUAUAAACUACAAAGUCAUUCUACACCAUGAGUGAAGUU